CCAUAACUCCAAAGUCGCUGGACUUGAAGCAAACGCCAUAUAACACGUUGCUCUCUCUCUCUUUCCUUUUUGUUCCCUCAUUUUUCCCAGAAAACAAACCCUUGUUGCGGCGGUGAAACAUUUCUCUUUCCCUCGAAAAAAUACUCCGAUGUCCAAAACCUAGCUGUUCAACUCCGCCGCCGUCGCGGUUGCUACCGAAGCCGACAUCUCCGUUUUCUUCUGUUACAUCGCUAUUAUGCCGACUUAUACAGCAAUAGCCUUUGAGAAUCUACUCGAACCUCGUGUUCGAAAAUCCUAUGGAAAACAAGUGCUAAAUGAGAGAAAUGAAGAAGAAAAAGUGGUGGAGGAUAAUGAGCCACCGCCUGCCCCGGCGAAUCAUAUAUUUAUAUCACCGGCGUUGUAUAUAACUCCUGAACCAGCUCCGAUUCCGGAGACUUCUUCUGGUUCGUUGUCUCCUUCUCCUUAUUUAGUCAACCACAAGCGACGUGGCGGUGGAGAAGCAUUUGCGAACCGGAAACUUGAUGGAUUGGAGGAAGUUGAGCAAGUUAACGAAAAGAUUGAUUUGGAUUUGGAUUUGAAUUUGGAAGAGGAGCUAGCUGAGGAAAAUUUGUUUAAGGAAGAUGAGGGAUUUUUGGAUCCGAGAUGUGAUGCGUUAAGUGUUGGUAGUGUUAAUGAGGUGAAAGGGCUUGAUUGCCGGAGCAAUGUGUCUGUUCAAGGGGAGUUCUUUGAUGCAGAUGAAGAUUUCUCCGUGGAAGGGUCGUCUCUGAAUGGAUCUACAUGUGGACCUAAUAUUGAAUGGGAACUGCGCACCACAAAGCUCAAACUCCUUGAGGAGAUUGAAAGAAGAAAAACCGCAGAAGAUGCUCUUAAUAUGAUGCGAUGCCAGUGGCAGAACAUUAGUACUGUUCUAUCUCAGGCAGGGUUAACACUUCCUUCUCCUUCAGAUGUCAUUGGUGAUAUACAGCCUGAUAAUGCUUCAAUUGAGCAGCUCUAUCAGGAAGUAGUUGUCUCAAGAUUUGUUGCUGAAGCAAUUGGAAAAGGUCAAGCUCGUGCAGAAGCUGAACUAGCUGCAGAAUCAAUUCUUGAGUCAAAAAACCAGGAGAUUUCAAGGUUGAGAGACAGGCUCCGAUACUAUGAGGCUGUAAAUCAUGAGAUGUCCCAGAGAAAUCAGGAAAUCAUUGAUGUUGCACGGAAGCAGCGGCAGAGGAAAAGGACCCAGAAGAAGUGGCUAUGGAGUUGUAUAGGGCUCUCUGCUGCCAUUGGCGUUUCAGUGGUUGCUUAUAAGUACCUGCCACAAGCAAGUAAACAUCAACCAAGUUCAUACUCCAAUGAAUCAACAAGUGCUGGCACUCACAAAACUGCCUAACAAAAUUUGUUAGUUUGCUCAGCCAACAUGAGAUCGGAUUUUAAGAAGAGUUACAUAUAGGUUAGGUCUUGCGGGAAUAAACAUGGCUUCACGCUGCAGUUUUGCUCCUCUAAUAAAAGUUGGAUGAGCUAGUUAAUCUUCGAAGUUUUAACAGUUGGUGGUGGUGCUAGAUGAAAAGGGUUUUUGCUUAGUGCCUGUGCCGAUCAGAUUCAAGGCUGUUAAGUUUGCUCACUUAAUAAUAGUGACCUGAGUUUGUACUGCAGUUUUGGCUGUACUCAAUGUUGAUAUCUCUGUAUUGGGUACAGUUCACAACUCGGUCGAUGAUCAAGCCAGAUCAGUUCAUGUUUGUAUACGUUAGGCAGUCGGUAGGAAUGAUGUACCUGCUUCCAUCUGUGAUGUAACGUUUCUAUUCAGUUAUUAAUUAAAGAGAGAGAUCUCUGUAA